AAUUAGGAGAGAGACCAAAACAAAAGUUUUGGGGAAUAACUUUUUUUUGUCUUUUUUCGAGGCGCACCAAAAGGACGUUAACGUCGCUCUCUCCGACGCAGGGAGACAACUCUUCUCCGGACCCUGUCCUUGCUUACCGGAGGGCGAUGGGGGCCGCGCCGGGCUCGGGCUGGGAGGAGGGAGAGUUCGAGUUCAAGUUGGUGUUCGAGGAGGACCCGCUGUCGCGCCAGAGCCAGGGGCCAUCCCCGGUGCGCGUAGCCGAGCCGGAGAGCUCCGUUCCCGGGGAGGAGAGCGAGUGCGCCCCGCUGCACCUGGAGUCCUCCAGCAGCACCAGCCUGGUUACAGACAACCACCACUCAAUCAGCAUCCCCAGCACGCCACCGUCGGCCAAUCAGCGGGCCGGGAUGCAUUCCCCGCCUCCGCGGAGGGCCCCCGCCAGAGAGUUCAGUGGGACCUAUGAGAGCCUGCCGGCGCGCUCUGUACAGGUUUCAGAGUCCCGUGUGGUCGAGUGUCCAAGCAUUCAGAUAACCACCAUCUCCCCUGAAGACGACCUAGCGCCAACCAUUUCCAGUUACUGGGAGAUGGGUGGCGGGGGUGGGUGGGAUCGCGAGCGCCUCUACCUCCCCCUGCUGGACCCCUUCACCUACCGCGACAGAUGCCCCAGCUCCCUCAGCCCCAGCCCCGGCUCCAGCCCUUCCUCCCGCGGCUGGCUCAGCCCCGCCUCCAGCUGCGACUCCCUGCUGGUGGAGGAGGAGGACCUGAACGAGGCCACAGUCAAUUUCGGGCUCUCGCCGUCCUCGAGGCCCACUUCUCCCGGGGGUAAAAAACGUAGAAACUCCCCCCUGGUCUCCCCCUGUACUUCACGGAGGGGCAGUUACUCUGAAGAACUGCAGGGAUGUAACCUCGAGGGCAGAGACUCCGCCCCUCAGUCGCAAGCGCCGCCCAGCAGCUGCGAGCUCAGCAUCCCACAGAAAACCAGGAAGACGUCAUUGGAACAGUUGUCAUCCAGGGAGGUGGAUCAGGAACAGGCUCCAGGCCACAGCUCCCCCUGCCCGCUGCCAGAGACCCAGCAGACCAGGAGAGAGCCUCCUUCGCUGGGCAUGGACUACCUCUCUGUGCCUCCCGCUCUCGCCUGGGGCCGGACCCGAGCCAGCGCCCACAGCCCUCUAUUCAGGUCGAAUGCCCUGCCGCCACUCGACUGGCCGCUGCCGUCCCAGUUUGACCAGUACGAGCUGCGUAUCGAGGUGCAGCCCCGUCCGCACCACAGAGCCCACUACGAGACGGAGGGGAGCAGGGGAGCUGUCAAGGCCACACCAAACGGACAUCCUAUCGUCAAGCUGUGUGGAUACACUGAGAGGAAGCCGCUCUCCCUUCAAGUUUACGUUGGAACGGCUGACGACCGAUCAAUCAGGCCGCAUCCUUUCUAUCAGAUACACAGGGUGACAGGAAAGAUGGUGGGCACUGCCAGUCACGAGAGCGUCCAGGCGGGGACCAAACUGCUCGACAUCCCCCUCAACCCCGAGAACAACAUGACUGCACUCAUCGACUGUGCUGGCAUCCUGAAGCUGAGGAACUCGGACAUUGAGCUGAGGAAAGGAGAGACGGACGUUGGGAGGAAGAACACGCGCGUCCGCUUGGUGUUUCGUACCCACCUCCCUCUAGCGCCCCCUGCAGCCCAGCCUGGUCGAGUCCUGGCCCUGCAGGUGGCCUCCCUGGCCAUCGAAUGCUCCCAACGUUCGGCUCAGGAGCUGCCCGUCAUCGAGUCCGUCAGUCUGACCUCCUGCUCUGUGGAGGGAGGAGAGGAGCUUCUGCUGAGCGGCUCGAACUUCCUGCCAAUCUCCAGGGUCCUUUUCAUUGAGCGAGGGACAGAUGGUAAACUGCAGUGGGAGGAGGAGGCUCAUGUCGACCGUGACAACAGCAAUGAGUGUUUAUUGUGCGUGAGGGUCCCCGCCUACAGCGACCUGUCCGUCAGUCGGCCGACGUCGGUGAGUCUGUACGUCUCCAACGGGAAGAGGAAAAGGAGCAGCACUCACUGCUUCAAGUAUCUCCCCGUGAUGUUCAAAGAGGAGGACACGCUGCUGUCCCGGCCCUCUGUGCUGCCUCUGGAUCAGGGGACCGUGUGUCCCGUAGGGGUUCAACCCAGCAUGGACGUGGGCUUCCCCGUGAGAGGCGACCCCAUGGCUGACGAUCAAGGCCUGGGCUUCCACCUGCCCCCCUACCCCUCCGCCUACUCCCCUCCCUGCCCCACCAUGGGUUACCACGAGGAGUACUGCUCCAAACCCGACGCCACGGCGAAGGAGCCCCGGGCGGCCCUCUCCGAGCGUCACCCCAGCUUCGAGAACCUGGAGCUGGGCUUCACCGAGCUCCUUCCCCCCUUGUACCCCCGCGGCCCGCAGCCUCCCUCCCCCUCCCCAUCCCCGUGGCUGGACUCACCCUACCUUUCCUCCUCGCCCUCUCCCUCCCACUCCUCCUCUCUCAGCCCGUUUCCUGCCGGCAGUCCCAUCUCGACCUCCCCUCUGCCUCCCAUCCCCACCUCCCCUUACCCCCAGUACUCUGCUUAUCCUCAGGAUGCGUGUCCCUCUCCUCCCUCCAACCCCAGCCCAUAUCAGGACAUGUACCCGGCACCCUACUCCCACUACGAGGGCUGGGACCCCCAGGGAAGGCUGCUCGGGAUGGGACAUGGGGGAGAUAGGGAUGCCAAGAUCCAGGAGUGCCCCCUGGAGUUUACCAGCUCUUCUAUGCACCACAUUACAUUUGAAGAAGUGACGGAGUAUAUCGGGGAGGAUAUCCAGUCUUUCCAGUCGGCCUCGCACAUGGACAACCAGCCAAACUGAGCUCAGAGCGGCUCAUUGAUAAUCAUCAGCAUCAUUUUAAAAAUCUAUUACGCACUUUGGUAUUCGGAUCCAUCGCAUCCAGUUCCGUGUGAUGUCGGCAGAGCGGUUUGAUUACCAGAAGACUGUUGUAAAAAUGACCACAGGUAACUCUUUGACGUGGUUUUUAUAA